UAACUUAUUUAUGCUAAAGGCCACCAAGAAGUCCAUGUGUUAUAUGUCUGUCUAGCCAAGCAGGGGUGUUUGAUAUAUUUGCACAACCUACCUAGCUGACAUGUCUUAUUUGACAUUAGUCUGGCCUGUUUGCGGUUGUUACGACAAAUAGGAGUCAGAGUUCAGGCCAUCUCUCUUUGGCUAGCCCGCAUAUCGCUGUUAAUAGAUGACUGUCUAUCUCACACUCACCUGUGUGAACUGGCUCGCAUAUCAGGGGCGGCUUAGCCUGUCACCUAAAGUUGACCUGCUCUUUUGAGGCAUUUGUAUAGUAACCAGCUUAGAGGCAGGUUAAAACACAGUCCUUAAAUAUAUACGUGUGUACAUAUAUUUUGUUGAUAUAGGCGAACUGACAUAGAUCAUGACAGUUAACAAUUUCUACUCUGAUGGAUUAAUUUUUCUUCUCAGACCAUAAAUUUUUACUGAUUUGGACUAUUAUUCAUUUAAUGAAACAUUUAAUUAUUUUCGAUAGAUAUAAAAAAAAAGUAAGCACCGAUUUUCACAAGUUGUUGACGGCGUCAGUUUUUCUAAAACUCCUACGUACUCACAAAUACAACAAAUCUACUUUAUUGCUCUGUAAACCUAUAAUACCAAUUCUAUAUCCAACGUAAUUCCAUAAUUACUGAUUAAAUUGCGCUCUGUUACCUAAAUUAUUUAUGAUCACGGAGUGUGAACUACAAGAGUAAAGGUUAUCUCCAACAAACUAAGUUGUGUAAUUAUUGAUUAUUUCCCUUGUUCACUCAUUAAUUUAUUUAUUGGAUUAAUUUUGAAACUGGCGGAGUUCACAGGUUAUAUGCUAUGUAUUUACAUUCACCAAUUACUACAAUUACUUCAACUGAUAGUAGUAGUACGUCUACCAUCACUACAAACGCAAAUACCACUAGUAGUUUGACAGUGACAUCUAAUCCUAUUGACCCAUCGAAAUUGGAUAUAAUGAACACAAUGAGUAAUCCAGCAUGUUGUAUACCGUCAAAUAACAUUAUUCAACCACCUCCGAUUAUACCUAAUCAUGGAUUAACUAGUCUGCUUUCAAAUGUAGCCUCAAAUUUAUCUGCACAUCAAAAUCAUCAGAACAACUUUUUAAAACCAUCUCUAGUUCCUACUGGACGAACAUCAAAUGCUCAACUGCUACAAUUGUUAAGAAAUGUUACCUCUUCUUUACCAUCAUCUACUGUUUCACACCCAAUAUCUCCAAGGAAUACAAGAAAUACACCUGUAUUAUGUGACAAUAAUCAUACCUUGUCUGAUUCCACAUCUCAAGUACCUACAAUAUCAACAGCGUCGUCGACUACGAUUCCAGCUACGGAUUAUUUAUCUUGUAAUAAUGAUCAAACACUUACUUUGAAUUCACAGUCCAAUAGGACGUCUUUAAAUCUUUCAACUGUGAAUGGUCCCAGUCUACUACCAGAUUUUGAGACGUUACUAGCCAAUUCAAAUCCGAAUAUGAGUGAUUUUAUUUAUUGUUUAGUUCAAUCAAUUCUAUUCAGUCAUGCAAAUACUAGACAAAAAGUUAAAUCCAAGAAAGAAACACCUCCAUUGGAUUCAGCUGCCUUACUGUCUCUUCUUUCUGGGACAGGAAAUUUAAACCCUUCUAGUUGUUCCACUAGUCCAAUCACAAAUCCUUUAAAUCCUCUUAGCACUUUAUCUUCUGAAAUAGAUGGUGCCAAUUGCAAUAUUCAUUUACGUCAAGUCUUGGAGUCGUUAAUCAGUCUAUCAGUUUCUCCUGCAUUUGAUCAGUCUUCUGCCCAUAGUUUAUUGUCUAACGAUAUGCUUGACAGUGGAUCAUUAAACCAAACCUUUCAACAGUUAACUAAUUUGUCUAAUCGUAAAGCAACAACCGGAAUCCAGAAAGUGUCACCUUCUGGUCAAAUUUUAUCCAAUGAAAGUAGUAACAGUACAAAUCCUUCAGGCAAUGUUUCAUUUGAUCUUCUUGCACAACUGUCUGCUGCUGCUGCGGCUGCUGCCGUAACUCCUCCGCCUUCCAAUAUUGUGAACCAGCUUGGAAAUUUGGCUACUGAUGGAUUCAAUCCGAUCUUCCCAACUGAUGAAAAUUUAUCAUCCGCUUUGCAGAGUCUUUUGUUUAAACAAAUGUUGAAUAUUAAUACAGGAUCAAAUGCUUAUACAUCUCACCUUGGACCGGGAAGGAAUUCCAUAUCUAAUAUUUCUCAAUCUGGACAAUAUACUGGUCUAAGGGAUUGUCGGUCGAUGAGCAACGAUGAAUCUAAUUGUAGUUCAGAAAAGUUGAUUCCACCAACCUAUUCACUAGCUUCAAGUUUUUUAUCUCUUCACUCUCCAAAUAGCACUAAUAACUGUAGUAAUAACAAUAAUCCUCGUAAUUCGUUUGUCCGACCAUCUUCAAGGAUAUCACCUGAACCUAUUACAUUGGCUUCUAGCCCGCCCUCUUCAUCAUCUACACCAUCUUUCAUUUGUCCCAAUCAGUCUAAUCCUCCUACUGGAGAGUUUUAUCCUCCAAAUGAAACUGUGGCAUCGUCACCUAAUUCUCUACUUUUAAAUGGCUGUACUCCUGUUGGUACAUCACCUAACACUGGUUUGAAUAUGAAUCAAACAGCUGUAAAUUUAUCGAGUGACAACCAAUCAUGGGAACCAUGUAAAGUUUGUGGCGAUAAAGCUUCAGGACGACAUUACGGCGUUGUAUCAUGUGAAGGAUGUAAAGGAUUUUUCAAACGUUCUAUUCGAGGACACGUUAGCUACGUAUGUCGCAGUGAACAAAAUUGUCUUGUAAAUAAAGCCUAUCGUAAUCGUUGCCAAUAUUGUCGGCUACAAAAAUGUUUAGCUGUUGGCAUGCGUUCAGAAGCUGUGCAAAAUGAACGUAGACCUACCAAUACAUUUGCUUUGAAUUUUUUAAACGAUAAUUCAGGUAAUUCAAAUUGUACAACUACUGGUGGCAGUAGUAAUAUGAAUAAUGGCGGUUCGCCUAAUCCUAGUAUAUCUACUGCAUCUAUUACUUCUACGACGACGACAACAACAACAGUAACAACAACAACCACUACUUCUGCUAAUAAUGGUAAUAAUAAUAGUCAUACUUCAACAUUUGGACCAUCAGUUCCAAACGUUCGUAAUAGUUCACCACAGUCUCAACAAAUACCAUGUAAAAUUGAACCGAACUCAGAAGAAUUGGAAGAUGAAGACCGUAAUAAUCAUUCGGAAUUUACAACACAGAAAUCUGACGAGGGCCGAUUGUCAUCUCAUAGUUCUCCAUCCGGUUCUUCCCGGUCAGUGCCAUUAACGUCGUCAGGGGCGACAACAGUGGGACUGUUAUCAUCAUCGGGGUUAACAUCAGGAGUCAUUGGAUCAAGGCAUUUAGAUGAUAAUCACUUCACAGGAAUCAGUAAAAACUCUGCUUUAAGUGAUAUUUCGUCUUCAUCAUCGUCAUCUUCCUAUUCAGCUACAGUAGCCGAUGUUGAAACCAAUGAUCCCAAUAAUGCAUCCUACUUACAACACGAUAUUAAGCCUCCUGUAAUACAAACUUCAUUAGGAUUAAAAUUUACACCAGGUUUGUGUAGCUCACCCCAAGCUACAUCACAUUCCCUUCAGCAACCUCCUGCUGCUUGUUUAUCCACUUCAGCGUCAUCUUUCGCUCGUCAACGUUCAUUAACUUCAGUGAGUAGUAGUAGUGUUAAUAACAAUAGUACAGCUUAUGCUAGUGCAUUACCCUCAUACAGUAAUGUGUUAGAGGGUUGUCAUACAACUAGUCAUCUGGAUCCAGACUGUGGAAUCGCCAAUUUCAGCCGUUGUAUGAAUCGAAACGCUCUUCUUAGUUCACAGCUUUUCGAUAUACCUGACAAUAAGAGAGGUGCAACACAAGAAUCUUAUUCUCGGAGAACGACUUCUUUCUCAAACACACCAAGUUCGUCUUCAACAUCUGUGUCAAAUCAUCAGGAUCCUUUGCCACUUUUUGAUGAUACGGGUGGAUUAAAUUUGAAUGAAUUAACUAAGUUAGCUUUGAAUAAUAUAAAUUCCUUGCAAUCAUCGUCAUCAUCAAAUCAACAAGGACGUAGUUUAGCCGCGUUAUACACUUACUGGUUAGCUGCCGCAGCAGCAGCUGGAUCUUUAAAUCCUUUACAUCAUCGGCACAAUGAAAAUCAUAAUCAUCACCAACAACAGAAUCACUCGGUGCAUUUGUCCACUUCAAAUCAAAAUUUCAAUCCAUUUGAUAUGAAAACUUCACUAUCAUCAUUGAAAACAGCACAAUCUUCAACUGUGACCACUACAUCAGCAAUAAUUGGCUCAAAUCAAAAUUCUACAUCACAAUUUAGUAUGAAAACAAAUCCAAAUAGUUUAUUUGGACAACAUUGUAAUUUAGAAAAUCAGCUACUUAUUAAUGGUUUAAAUCAUUCGUCUAAAUCAUCAUUAUUAUCUAGUGCAAGCAAUCAUUCAGAUGCUUUAAAUGUGUUGAUGUCGAUUAUGUUAAAUUCAUCGGAUCAUGUUGGACUGAAUAAUUUCAAUGCUUUGACGGAUGCAGUUAAUUCAACCACAGCACAUUUACAAAAAGCACCAAUCAACCAUCAUUCUCACCAGCAACAUCCCUUUAUGCUUCAACAUCAUUCUCAUCAGCAUCAAUUACAGAUGGGUUCUUCAAAUUCUCACCACUCAUCCACUUCAUCGAAUACACUUGAAAUACCUAUUCCUUCCAGUUCAUCUUCAUGCUUAUCAGCUUCGCUAUUUGGUCUCAAUAACACCAUAUCAACUAUGAAUAAUAAUAAUAAUAAUAAUACCAAUACUAUUGGUAAUGAUAAUAAUGUUACGAUGCAUUCUGCUGCUAACAAUAAUUCGCCAUUCAUACCAGCACCUCCACCAAUCAAGUCAACAAAUUUAAUACAACUAUUGUGCAAACGUACUUCAAAUAGUCAGACAAGUACUUUAACGGAUACUGACGAUAAAUCUAAGAGUGGUUCUUGCAGUAGUAUGGUUGCUACUACUACUAAUGUUAGAGGAAGACGAAGUAGUAAUAGUAGCACUGCUAACAAUAUGGAAGAGAAUACACACGAGUCUGGUGAACUAAUCAAUAGUUAUCGAGAUGUAAACGGUCAUUUACUACCGAAAAAGUUUGAGCUUACUUCAUCAUCAGAUGUAACAGCAUUACGAUCAGAAAAUGAAUUAUUAAAUCCAUCUCCGAAGAAAGAGGAAACCAAUUGGUCAAGAAGUCGUAAACGUAAAAUGCAUUACUCGUUUCCUUCCGAUGUUAAUAAUAAUAAUAAUAAUAAUAAUAAUAAUAAUAAUAAUAAUAAUAAUAAUAAUAAUAAUAAUAAUGCCAGAUCAAUCCGUCGACGAACACAAAGUAGUAAUUCAUUGCAACCUGACACAAAUAAUCCUAUUGGAUUAACUGAUACACGAGAAACAUGUGAAGAUGAUGAUGAAAGUCGACUAAUGGAAUGUGUUUCUGAAUGUACUAAAUCUUCAGAUGAUUCUAGACCUAAUAGUCCUUUGGUUGGGCCAGUUUUAUUGAAUUCAAUGUUUGAUUUAAAUGCACAUGUUUUCAAAGCGUAUCAAGAUAAUAAUAAUAAUAGUCGAUCUCUUAGUAUAUCAAGUGAACUAGCUUCACGAGUUCUAUUUCUUACUGUGGAUUGGUUACGUCGUUUCGAUGGCUUGAAGCGUCUACCAAUUGGAGUUCAACGUGAUUUAGUGGCUAUUUCCUGGUCUGACCUUUUUGUGCUUGGAUUAUGUCAAGCAGCUGACCAAAUUAAUCGUUCUCAGAAUCAUAGGCCAAAUCAAGAAUCAAACGACUCGCAACCAACAAAUAGCUUAUGUGCACAAAACGACAUUAAUUCUACAAGAGUUAAACAAAUCUCAGGAGAACAACAAACAAAUUCUCCUUGCAGUAUUGCACCAACUAAUUCAUUUAAAUCCAAUAAUUUUGAUUCAUCAUCAUCUUCACAUAUUUUAUCUAUCAAAGAACCAAUGGAUACUUCGUACUUAAAGACAAAUUCAUCAUCUUCGGCUGUGAUAGAACUAGUGGAACAGCUGAUGAAACAAUUCUCAGGAGCUGAAGUUGACACACAUGAAUAUACUUAUCUUAGAUGUAUGGUUAUACUUAGCUCCGGUCGUUUAUGCAUCAAUGCAAGAGAUGCCAGUUUAGCUAAACAAAUUACUGAAAUGGAAUCACGUGUAUUAAGCGAAUUUUCUGAAUUCUUGUCUACACGUGCAGCAUCCUCUACAACUACUGGUACUGGUUCUCUUUCAUCGAAAAGAACAAAACCUAUUAUUAAAAGAGUUCUUAUAUUGACACAAUUAUUAUCUACACUGCGCUACUUAGAUCCAAAAGAUUUAGAAGAAGCAUUUUUCUCAAAUUUACUUGGUUCUGUAUCGAUUGCUCAGAUCCUCCCAUACUUACUGGAAUCAAAUGACCUAUUUACUCAAAGUCAAUUAGUAAUGAAUUCAUGCCUGCCGGAUAAUUCUCUGGAUUAUAAGCCCGGUUUAAAUCAUGUCAAACCUCCUAACAAACAAGCUUUGAGGUCUGGUUUGGAAGAUAGUGUGACAAAUUUUACCGGGGAUUCUCUCCCUAACAACAUGACGGAGAAAACUGAUAAUCCUUCCUCUUCGUUGUUUAUCCGCCCCGACCAGACGUCUCCACAGAGCAGAUCAGCUUCUUGUGAGAUCACAGUCACGAACAUUGAACUAAACAAUCAAAACACAGAACCAGUAAAUAGUAUAUCAUUUGCGAACGACGAAACUAAUGACUUAGCCUAGGAAUCAAUGUUAGGAUACAUAAUAUUUAAUCAUAGAUGAAAUAGUUUCCCUCCUAUAACGUCUUUCUUAUCAAACCGCAUCAAAUUUGAAAGGACUGAGAAGAUAAAGCGCCUUCUUGCUUUCAGCGCCAUUCCGUUCAAAAGAUUACUGCUUAUUAAGUUCUAUGCUGAAAACAAAUAUUUGAAGUGGUUUUACAUGACAUAAAAAUAGAUAAUUAUAAUACUUAACAAAAUAUGCACUAGCGAUUAUUUGUGCCGGUAUAAAAAGGGUGGUUUCAACGUUUAUCUUCUUCUCAAGAUCUUUUCAUCCAGUAAUUAUAAAAAAGACGAAGUUUGUACAUUUUUCUAAAUUCUUUACUUACAGUCAGAAUGAGGGUUGUAGUUACUCAUUUACACUUUCCAAUUUAUACACAUUAUACAUUCAGUCUUUAAUGAUAUACAGCUACCUCAUCUCUCUGUACACCAGGUUUAAUACGUAUUCGUUAUUCUUGUUUCGUGUUGUUGAUGAUUCAAAACAUACAAAUUAGAAGAUCCUCUUAAUCAUUCCUAUAAUUUACCCAUAUAUAUAUACUCACCUAUAAAUAUGUAUACAUGAGCCUACUUUUUACAGCUUUUAAUUUUUUGUCCCGUUUAAUGAUUUCAGAUUAUUUAUAUCGUAAACAAAAAUUAUAAAUUUGGCAAACUUUUUUAUUAUCUAUACAUUUGUUGUCUUGCUUUAAUAAUUUUACUAUCUACUGAUAAUGAUUUAAACUGUUAUGAUUUCAAACUACUGAUAUGAUUUCUAUUCACUCGACUAUUGUGUAUUAAUUGAACAUUGAGAGUAAAGACAAUAAUGAUAAUUGUUACUGACGGACGAAGAGCGCCAUCUCUUGAUUUUGUGAUUUGAAUAUAACUCAACUAAUUUAUUUAUGAGUGAACAAAUAUUACAUAAAUACACUAAUGAGUGGAUCAGGAACUCGGGGUACUCUUACACUUCGGUUGCUUUCACCUUUUACUAUUUUCUUUGCCUACAAAAAUCCAUAAUGUAUUUAACUAAUGUUGUGUGAUAUCUUGAAUAUGGAAUUAACAUCUUACUUCUCUUCCUAUCUUGUUUUUGUUUUGUGCCUGUACUCCAAAUGUAGAUGUGUUAAUAACCGUGAUUUAAAUAUUAAAAUAAUAUUGUAAGUCUAUGUUUGUC